AUGUCCUUUAAACCACCAACAACCUUCUUGCCAAUUGUCGUCAAAGAAAACAACGUGGAAGUCAAGUUUUAUUCUUUCACUAAACAAGAGGAGUUAAAGCAAGGAUCAUUCGAAGAAUGGAGAUGGGAAUAUUACAAACAACUCUAUCAGUUUGAUUUUGGUGGAUUCAACAACAACGAGAAACCCGACACUUCUUUUUCAUGGGAUCAAUCAACGUUUGGUGAGGAGCAGUCACAAGAGAAUUCUACUAUUGUAAUUUCCCCUCCAAGCACGUUCAGUAAGAGCUUUUUCAACAAGAAAGAAUUUUCAGAUGUGACCUGCAAGUUCAUCCACGGGAAUGAUCAAGUGGUCGAUGUGUUACAUCUCAACAAGCUUAUCAUUUGCUCCCACAGUGACUAUUUCAAAGCCAUGUUUUCAGAGCACAUCUCGAUGAUUGAGGCUCAUUCGAAUGAGUUCAUUGUAGAUGCGCAAGAGGAUGAUGUUCGAAUGUUUAAGCUCAUGAUGCAAUCCGUUUAUGAAAUGGAAGCUUUGAACAAUUUAUCUCUUGACGUUCUUAUGGACAUUUAUUUAUUGUAUGACAAGUACGGAUUUAUUGGCCAUAAAACCUAUCUCAUUGACACAAUCAUUGGAAAGAUUGGACACUUUUCAAACGCAGUGGCAAUGGUCUCCAUUAUUUUCAGCAAAUUUUCAGACAUUUCCUCAGCGAUUGAAAUGUUAUCUUGGAGAGUUGUGCAGAAACUGAUAUGUAUGUCUCGAGCAUUUUGGUUGCUCGGUGACCAUAACUCUGAAUGUCUCGAGAUGUUUGUCGACCAAUGCAGUCUCUUUGACUUUAGUGCCUGUCUCGUUCAUGAGUGGAUUUACUACUCGGUGAAAUUUAAAGGUCUUCCAAUACAGAAUUUGAAAGCAAUUUUAGAGAAAAUCAAUUCAAAAUUUACUUCAUUCAAGACUGAUAUGAAAGUAACCCAUGUUCGAUGUGCUUGUUCAGACCCUGUUUAUCAGUAUAUUUUAGAAAUCAUUUAUCAAAUCAUGUAUUGA